AUGGCGGUGGAAACGGCGGUGGAAUUAAAGAACAAGGGCAAUGAGGCCUUCAAGAACCGCGAUUGGCCCACGGCCAUAGAAUACUACACCAAGGCGAUCAAUGCCGACGACAAGGAGCCCGCCUUCUACACCAAUCGCGCCCAAGCACACAUCAAACUCGAGGCCUACGGCUACGCCAUUGCAGACGCCACCUCUGCCCUCGACCUCAAUCCCGACUUCGUCAAAGCAUACUACCGAAGAGCCGUGGCAAACACCGCCAUCCUCCGACAUGCCGACGCGAUCCACGAUUGGAAGAUUGUCGUCAAAAAGAGCCCGGCGGACAAGGUGGCGCGGACGCAGUACGAUGCGUGCCAAAAGCUCGUCAAGCGCGACGCCUUCCUCAAGGCCAUUGAGGUCUCAGAUGCCCCCUCGGCCGCCGAAGGGCUCGAUCUGGACAGCAUGGUCAUUGAAGAGGGCUACGACGGCGUGAGGUUAAAAGAUGAGAUGACACAGGAAUUCAUCGACGACAUGAUUGAGCGCUUCAAGGUCGGGAAGAAGCUACAUAGGAAGUACGUCUUCCAGAUAAUAUUGAAGGUCAAAGAGCUGGUAUACAACGAAGCGACCAUGGUGGAGACACACGUCGAGCCGAGCCAGAAGAUCACCGUCUGCGGUGACACGCACGGACAAUACUUCGACCUUCUCGAAAUCUUCCGGUUGAAUGGCUUCCCCUCGCCCACGCAUCAUUACCUGUUCAACGGCGACUUUGUCGACAGGGGCUCGUGGUCCACCGAAAUCGCCCUCCUUCUCUACUCCUACAAAUGGCUCUACCCCUCAGGCUUCUUCCUCAACCGCGGCAACCAUGAGACCGACGACAUGAACCGCAUGUACGGCUUCGAAGGCGAAUGCAAGGCCAAAUACAGCGAGCGCGUCUUCAAACUCUUCUCCGAGUCCUUUUCCGCAUUACCCCUCGCCACCCUCAUUGGCGACAAGUACCUCGUCCUCCACGGCGGCCUCUUCUCCGACGAUGCAGUCUCCCUCGACGACAUCCGCAAGCUCAACAGGCAUGCUCAGCGACAACCCGGCCAGUCCGGACUCAUGAUGGAAAUGUUGUGGACCGAUCCGCAAACAGCACCUGGUCGAGGGCCCUCGAAGCGUGGCGUUGGCAUGCAGUUUGGCCCUGACGUGACGAAGCGCUUCUGCGAGAAGAACGGGCUGGAAGCGGUCAUUCGAAGCCACGAGGUGCGCAUGGAAGGGUACGAAGUGGAGCACGACGGCAAAUGCAUCACCGUAUUUUCCGCGCCAAAGUACUGCGAUUCGACGGAGAACAAGGGCGCGUACAUCAACAUCGAGGCGGACUACAAGUUGCAAUUCCACAAAUUCGAUGCAGUACCGCAUCCUGAUAUCAAACCUAUGGCAUAUGCGCAGAAUGGCAUGAUGAGCAUGAUGGGCAUGUGA